AAACAAUCCAACCAUAGUGGGAAACUGCCACCAACUCUGAAUAUUCAAAGACACUCAGAAAACAUUAGCUUUUUAGCAAGCAGUGCAUUCGUUAGUGAGUAGUGUCUUCAUCACGAGCAGCUGUUAAUAAAUCUAUUGACAAUGAUUAGUGACACUGCUAAUAAAAUCGUGAUUAUCCUAGUGAUAUUGAUUGGUUCGAUAAUUAAUGCGGAAUUUAACAUCAAUUCAUAUUGGGAAAAACGUGCAAGAUUAAGACGAGAAGAAGAGAAGAGUAUUAUUGGUGCUAAUUUGUCAUUAAAUUGUGAGGAACGUUUAGCUAAUUAUAUUUUUAUGGCAAAGAAGAAUAAUGAGAUUAAUGAAGCUUUUACAGAUCCUGAUAAGUUUCUACCAUCAAGAAAUUUUUUAGAAGCACGUAGUAGCAUUGAACAAUCAGAAGUAUUUAAAAUAAUCAAAAAAAUGCCAAAGGGAGCAAUUCUACAUGCCCACGACACUGCGAUUGUAUCUGAUGAUUGGAUCUUCCACAAUGUGACUUACAGAGAUAAUCUUUAUGUUUGUGAUGAAAACAAUACUCUCAGUCUUAAAUUUUUCGAUAAACCUACCUUAGAAUGCAAUUGGAAACUACUCAGUGAAUUACGUCAAAAUGAAACUCAAGCUGCUGAUGUGAAUACCAAGAUUCGUAGACAAUUAUCAAUGAUCACUACUGAUCCUUCUAAGGCCUACCCUACAGUCAAUGCUGCUUGGGAUAAAUUUUCGAAUAUAUUCAUCUUCAUACAUCCUCUUCUGACCUACAGACCAGUCUUUAGAGACCAUUUUUAUCAAGGAUUGAAAGAAUUCUAUGAAGAUAAUAUUCUGUGGAUAGAGCUUCGUACAACCAUGCCUUUGUUAUAUGAACUAGAUGGAACGAUAAAUGAUCCUUUGGAAGUUCUUCGAGUCUACAAAGAAGUUACUGACAGGUUUCAGAGAGAACAUAAAGACUUCGUUGGAGUAAAAAUUAUCUUAGCACCUAAUAAGCUUGGAUCACAAAAAGCGAUCAAUGAGAGGAUAAACCUUAUCCCAACCAUGAUGAGGAAUUACCCAAAUUUCUUUGCUGGAUUAGAUUUAGUAGGUCAAGAAGAUCCCUCAAAUCCUAUAAAGGAUUUUAUACCUAAAUUCCUUCAUCUAAUCGAUAAAGUGAAGUUUUACUUUCACGCUGGAGAAACGAACUGGUACGGAUUAGCAUCAGAUGAAAACUUGUUAGAUGCAAUCUUACUGAACACUACGAGAAUUGGUCAUGGUUAUGCGGUGGUAAAACACCCAGAAGUACUUGAGAUAGUGAAACAAAGAAAUAUCCCAAUAGAGGUGUGCCCAAUUUCUAAUCAAGUGUUAGGUCUCGUAAAAGAUCUUCGAAAUCAUCCAGCAAAUAUUCUCUUUGCUUCCAAUUUCCCUGUUGUCGUAUCAAAUGAUGAUCCUGGUUUAUGGGGAUCAAAGGCACUCAGUUAUGAUUUCUAUGAAGCUUUUAUGGGCAUGAUGUCGAGAGAAGCAGACAUCAGAGCUCUGAAACAGCUUGCAAUAAAUUCCAUUGAUUACAGCAGUAUGAACGAUUAUCAAAAAGUCGUUGCCAAAGAUAUUUGGUCACAGAAAUGGAAUAAGUUCGUCAAUAAUCUCAGCAGCCAAGAUCCUCACUCUCAAAUGACUACAAAUACUAUUUAGUACAAGCUGAUUCAAAUUAAAAUCAAAUAUUCUGAUAUUAGACUUUGUCUAACAUUUGCAAUUACAAACAAACAAUUUUAAAGUCAACAAAUAUUUAAUUUAUGUUUGCUUUAAAUUCUUUUCAAUAGAUUCACGGCACUUUUACUCAAUACUCCUACAAUAUUAUUUGCAAUUCUUUUUCUAAUACAUUAUUAAAUCAAACUGUUGUAUGUCAAUUGAUGUUAUAUGGAGUUUUUUCUUUAUAUUAGUAAUUCAUUGUUCUUUAUGUUGUUUAUGAUAGAAUUAUUGAUUAAUGUAAAAGUUAAGAGUUUUAUGAAUAGAGCAUUAAAGUCUCAAAAGACGAUUUUUGUUUAAAAAAUCAGAUUGUUUAUCAGAUAAGUGGAACACAAAGUUAAAUUUCUUAAUGUUC